AGUUUUCGGGCCGCUGUGGGAAGCGACGCGAACGCGGCGACUGGGCACUUCCGCAAAAAUGGCGGCGGCGGUGGGCGGCGCGCGGCUGGCGGCCUGGGGCGGAAGGCUACGGCGAGGGCUGGCUGCCGGCCGGCGGGCCUGGCCAAGCUCCGGGCCCGUGGCGGCGGCAGUGGUCGGCGUGGCCCUGGCGGGAGCAGGAGCAACAUGGUACCACGGCCGCGUGAACAUGGCGGCGCCCCAGGGCGGCCUCACCGUGGUAGCCCAGAAAAGUGUGGACUCUGGAAAGAUGAAAGGGAAACCGUCUCCUCGUAAACAGCGCUUCAUGCAGUUUUCCUCACUGGAACACGGGGGAGAGUAUUACAUGACACCACGGGACUUCCUCUUCUCAGUAAUGUUUGACCAAAUCGAACGUAAAACUUUAGUCAAGAGGCUGACAAAUAAGGAUAUUGAGGACGUGCUGGCAGGAAUCAAAGGAGCUGGUUGUGGAUCAACUUUUUUUAGAGACCUUGGCGAUAAAGGGCUGGUUUCAUAUACCGAAUAUCUUUUCUUACUUACAAUCCUCACUAAACCCCAUACUGGGUUUCAUGUUGCAUUUCAGAUGUUGGAUGCAGAUGGUGAUGAGAUGGUUGAGAAAAAGGAAUUUUUUAAACUGCAGAAGAUCAUAAGUAAACAGGAUGACUCGAAGACAAGAAUAACUAAUAAAACAGAAUGCCAGGAACCAACAGUGAAAGAACCUGAAAUUAACACAACCCUUCAGGUACGUUUCUUUGGAAAAAGAGGAGAAAGAAAACUUCACUAUAAAGAAUUUCGAAGAUUUAUGGAAAACUUGCAGACGGAGGUCCAAGAAAUGGAGUUCCUUCAGUUCUCUAAAGGUCUGAGUUUCAUGAGAAAAGAAGACUUCGCAGAAUGGCUCCUUUUAUUCACCAACACUGAAAAUAAAGACGUUUAUUGGAAAAAUGUGAGAGAGAAGCUGUCCGCAGGAGAGAGCAUUAGUUUGGAUGAGUUCAAGUCAUUUUGUCAUUUUGCGACCCACUUGGAAGACUUCGCUAUUGCCAUGCAGAUGUUCAGUUUAGCUCAUCGCCCUGUCAGACUAGCGGAGUUUAAGAGAGCUGUGAAGGUAGCAACGGGACAAGAACUCUCCGACAAUAUCUUGGACACCGUCUUCAAGAUCUUUGAUUUGGAUGGUGAUGAGUGUCUCAGUCAUGAAGAGUUUCUUGGGGUGUUAAAAAACAGGAUGCAUCGAGGUUUAUGGGUGCCGCGACAGCUCGGUAUACAAGAGUACUGGAAGUGUGUGAAAAAAGAAAGCACUAACGGAGCGAAGGAGUCUGGAAGCAAGCAGGAGGAGGCCCUUUACAGAAAACGCGGUGUGGGGGUUACGCUGCUCCAAGUGUCGGAGCUGGGCAUUUCUUAAAGUGCUAGAUGGUGCCUUCUUAGUCUUCACUGAUUUCCUUUGUGGCAUAAAGAUGCCUUGUAUUUGCUUUCUGAUUCAAUAAUUUCUCAGUAAGAUUUCAUUACAGAACUUCGUAAAAAGAAAGUAUUCUUUUACAAAGACAGUGGACUCGGUCCAAAGCCUAGGAUUGAAGUAACACUUUGAUAAGAUGGAAAACCUGCUCGUUCACUGGUGUCAACACAGCAGCACAGCACGUUCUCUGGCGCAGUCAACAGGCGCACAGGAAGAGUCACUGACGUGAGGCCAGGAUCAAUUCUGCAGUCCUGAUGCUCCUAGUAGGGCAAAUUAAGUUAAAACAUUUCAGGCUUUCUUAUCUGUACCUUACAUCUCAUAGACUUCUUGUACAUUUUAUUUCAGUGAGCUGUAUAUUAGUUGUCUUUAAAGUAAUAUGUAAAUUUCAGUAUUCUGGAAUGUUCUGGAAACAGAAUAAAGUAUUUAUAAAGAUAAAAAA